AUGGGGAAAGGGGGUCAGCAAGCCAACAAGAACGGACAUCUGGACCUCAAUGAGCCCAUCCCGCAGCUAUGGAACAACGAUGAGGAUGCAAUUGAUGACAUCUUGGGAGACGAGGACCCUGCCCACACUGAUCCUGAAGACGAGGACUACUUUCCUAAUAGGCGCAGCAAGCCGUCAAAAAAGCGUGUGAAGCGCCACACACCACAGCAGAUUCAAGAACUCAUGGCUGCGUAUGAGCAGUGUACUCACCCGGAUCCCGAGGCAAUGCAGGCACUUGGCACAAUGAUUGGUUUGGCGCCAAAACUGGUGAAGUUCUGGUUCCAAAACAGACGCUCCCAAGUGAAGGUAAAGGACCAGCAGGAGCAAAACCAACAGUUUCAGCAAGCGAACGCUUCAUUGAAGGCAGAAAACCGGUCACUCCGUAAGGCUAUACUGACGCAGACAUGUGUCACAUGUUGUGGCAAGACUCUGCCCUUCAAUCCAUUAUUGGAGAAGCAGCAGUUGCUCACCAAGAACGCAAGGCUCAAGGAUGAAUUCCUGCGUGCUUUUGCCAUCCACAGCAAGAUCAUCCGUGAUUCCGCUUUCACCCAACCUGCGCCGUGGAUCAGCAGCAGCAGCAGCAGCGAAGCUGAUCGUGAAGCGCUUCUCCGCCACGCGGAGACAUCCAUGGAGCAGUUCCUGGUGCUCGCAACCAAGGGUGAGCCGAUGUGGCUUCCUGCAGCAGACGGCGGCGAGAUGCUGAAUCAUGUGGAGUAUCGUGCCAAAUUUUCCCCGGCCUUGUUCAGGCUCCGUCCCGAGGGGUUCGCCGUGGAGGCCACCAGGGACACCGCCAUGGUUUGGGGCAGCGCUGCUGAGCUCGUCGUCAUCUUCAUGGACAUGGCUCGCUGGUCCGAGACGUUCCCUGGGGUUGUGGCAAGUGUGGUAGCCGGUGAUGUUGUAUCCACCGGUAGUUUCGCUGAUGGGCAGAUUCAGCUGAUGAAUGCCGAGAUGUGGGUGCAGUCGCCACGCGUGCCGAACCGCACCGUGAACAUUUUGAGGUACAGCAAACUGGUUGCUGAGAGGCAGUGGGCUGUGAUGGACGUUUCUGUUGAUGGCAUCUUUGGACAAGAAGUUUUGCCGGCUUAUUUGCCGGCUAGGUACAUGGGCUGCAGGCUGCUGCCGUCCGGCUGCCUCCUUGAGGACAUGAGCAAUGGCUACUGCAAGGUCACAUGGAUUGUUCAUGCCGAGUACGACGAGACCACCAUGCCGACAGUGUUCAAACCAUUGUUCCUCAACGGGAAAGCCCUGGGAGCGUGCCGCUGGCUCACUUCACUCCAGAGGCAGCGUGAAUACGCCACUGCUUUGCACUCCAGCCUUUAUCCAGGAAACAACAACACAGCAGCAGAAGCAGCUGGCAUGCUAAAGCUGGCGCAGCAGAUGAUGGCGAGCUUCUACGCGACUGUCUCCGGGCCCAUCGCUCAGAGUCAGGCAACGAUCAGCAUCAACGACUGGUUUGGCAGCAUAGGCACCGGCGUUGAGAGGUUUGAUGUAGCUGUGCGCAUGGUGACCUGGGAGAAAGCUGGCAGCAGUGUGGCCGGAGAGCCGGCGAGCUGGUUCCUGAGUGCCACCACCACACUGUGGCUGCCCGGCACUCCGCCGGAGCGCGUGUUCGACUACCUCCGCAAUGAGCAGCGCCGUGGCGAGUGGGAUUUCGUCCACACCAAUGGUGCCGUGGUGGAGGAGAUGAGCUCUGUUUCCAUGGGCUACCUCGCAGGAAAUGUCACCUCCAUCCUCUCCUCCAAUAAGACUGAUGGAACCAACGACAGGACGCUGAUCCUGCAGGAGGCGCGCACCGACGCGUCGGGCUCCCUGGUGGUGUACACUCCUAUUGGGGAGGAGGCCAUGGAUGCUGCCAUGGGCGGCGGCGACGGCGCCUCCGACUUCCCCACGCCAUCUGGAUUCGCCAUCCUCCCGGACGGCCGCGGCAAGGCUUGCCACGCUCCGAGCCCUGCUCCGAGCACCUCCUCCAGUGCUCCCGUGCUCCGCAACGACACCGGGGGGUCUCUAGUGACCAUGGCCUACCAGGUGCUGCUGCCCGGCCCCCUGCCGGACACCGCAGCAGGGGCCUUUGAUGACGUCGGGAAGCUGAUGUGCCAUGUGAUGGAGAAGAUCAAGAACGCCGUCGAGGCCGAGAUCGUCCUCCCAGCUUGA